AACUGAUAAUGUCAUAUAUCCCCAAUUUUGUAACCAAACGAACCGAACCCCAGCGUGAUUUUGCCGCCAUCACAACACCAAUAAACCUCCACCGUUGACCGUUCCGAUCAUCGUCUCCGGCGAAUGGAUACACCUGCACCAUCUUCAACCAACUCCCGUCGAUCACCUCUUCGUUACUUCUAUUGCAACUGCUUCAAACGAUGUUGCCGUUGCUUCUGCUGCUUCUACUCUUACCCUUAAGGUUUGGAUAGUCGAAGGCUUCUUAAAUAUGUUGCAUGAAACUUGUGAGAACAGAUGUAAAAUCCAUGGUGUAAGCAGAUAAUGGUUGAAUCGGAAGAAGUCGUUAAGUCAGACAUAACAAUACAAGAAUUUUACCAUGAGGAACGGGAUGCAUUAAUUCCAUUCCGGGACUCUAUGAAAUCCGAUUACUAUUUGCACGGGAAUUGGACCGGUCCACCGUGUCGGAACAAUAUGAGCAGGUGGAUUGGAAUUAGCUGUAUUAACUCCCACGUGACCGAACUGACUCUGGAAUCAAUAAACUUGACGGGAUCACUCCCUGUUGGAUUCCUACAAAACGUUACGUUCUUAUCGAAACUCAGCUUUCGCAACAAUUCCCUUACCGGCGUCCUCCCGAACCUCACCAAUCUCACGCACCUGGAAUCAGUAUUCCUUUCCGGUAAUCGAUUCUCGGGUCGUAUUCCGUUGGAUUACAUCCACCUCCCAAACCUCAUCGCACUUGAACUUCAAGAAAACGAGAUAACAGGAACAAUCCCGCCUUUUGAUCAAGAAUCAUUGACUGCUCUCAACUUGUCGUACAAUCGGCUGUCUGGACCAAUCCCGGAAACGAAAGUUGUAGAAAGGUUCGGAAGUAGCUCGUUCGAUCAUAAUCCAGGGUUAUGUGGAAAACCGCUGGAUAUACCGUGUGUUGUUUCUCCUCCACCUUCUCCUUCAGAAAACAAGAAGAAACGUCUCAAAGCGUGGGGUAUUGAGUUGAUUGCUGCUGCAGCUGCAAUCAUGUUGCUUCUCGUGAUUUUUUGUCUGUUUUGUUGUUACAAAAGAAUUCAAGGAAAAAAAGAGAAGAAAGAGGCAGCUGAAAAGCAUCGGUAUCCCAACGAAGGUGUUGGAAAGAAAGCUCAAUGGUCUGGAAGUACAGAUGAUCAAGAAAAAGCGGCUGACUUAGAAUUCUUCCACAAUCAUAAACCGGUUUUUGAUCUAGAUGAGUUACUCCAGGCGUCAGCUAAAAUUCUUGGGAAAGGAACCCUAGGUAUCACCUACAAGGCGACACUGGAAUCGGGUCUCGUUGUUGCUGUAAAACGGGUCAAAGAAAUAGAUUCUUUGACCGAAAAAGAAUUUGUACACCAAAUGCAUUUGCUCGGGAAGUUGAGGCAUGAAAACCUUGUGGAAAUGAUUUCGUUUUACUGCACAAAAGAUGAGAAGCUGGUUAUUUAUGAAUUUGUUCAAGACGGAAGCUUGUUCGAGUUAUUGCAUGGAAGUAGAGGAAUUGGGAGAAUACCACUCAACUGGACAACAAGAUUACAAAUCCUAAAAGACGUAGCAAAAGGUCUAAUCGUCUUGCACCAGUCAUUAUCUUCUCAAAAAGUGCCACACGGAAACCUCAAAUCAUCGAACGUAUUAGUCUACUUCACAAACGAAACCGCACACGCCAAACUAUCCGAUUAUGGCUACUUGCCACUUUUACCAUCACUAAAGUCAACAUUCGCAAUCGGGAAAUGCCCUGAAGUCAUAGAAGGGAAAAAAACGACACACAAAUCAGACGUUUAUUGUUUUGGUGUUUUGCUGUUGGAAGUGCUUACAGGGAAACCACCAGGAGAUGAUAACCAUGAAGAUCUAACAAAUUGGGUUAGAGGUGUUGUUGACUCUGACUGGUCAAUGGAUCUAUUUGAUUUGGAAAUAUUAGGGGAGAAAGAUGGGCAUGAUGAUAUGUUGAAGAUUGCUGAGUUGGCACUUGAAUGUACUGAAGCUUUACCUGAAAGAAGACCUAACUUGACUCAAAUAUUGACCAGAUUAGAAGAAAUUCAGUAUCGUCAAGUGAGCAUAGGGGUUAACUAAUUAUCUCUUAUUUUAAUGAUUUUUUUUUUUUAUAAUUGGUUGUUAUAGUAUAAAUAAAAGACGUGGAUGUAGAGUAUUGGACAAAAUAACACGAUCUAUAUUGGUUCACAUAGAGGUUAAUAAAUACACCUUUGGAACA